CACACUCCUUCGACGGCGCCGCCCGUAGCAGCUGGAAGAAUUUUGGCCUUAGCCUCCUACGGCGGAAGUCGAGCAGCUCCAGUGUUCAAGUGAUGGCAUCUUACUUCUCUCUUCUGGUGAUCAGGGCUCUACCUUUCUUCAACGAGAAAAUUAGUAUCCAUGAAGGUCUAUGCAAUGCCUCUAUAUACCGCACCACCAAAAAUUGAUUCCAGAUUGAGUUAGAUUCUUUACACAAGUUGCAGAGGACCUUUUCUUUUUCAAUUCCACGCUGCUGAGGACUUUCUUCGUAAUAAGUUCUGUUUCAGAGGAAGCGCGUUGGGAACCAUUCUUUGGUAAUUGACUAAGGUUCAUCGUUGAGUAUGUGUGCCACUUUUUCUCCUGGAGAAUGCUUGAGCACAUCAAUUUAUCUGAACUUUAUCUUCCCUUCCUCUAUUUGCUACAUUGGAGGAAAAUUUUCGUGAGCAACAUUGAUUUUGUUAGAACAAAUCUCUUUUAUCGUCCGUUGGGGAAAUAGAUCAUUUGUUUACACAAUCUAGAAAGCAAUGAAAAAGAUUUCAUUUCGUCAAUUUUCAGCUUUAAUUGAUCCAUCAGCUGGCAAUCGCAUUUCCAUUGAAUCUUCAAUUCCUCACAAACCGAAUAUAAGAGUUUCAAGCCCAUUCCCUAUCCCUCAUCGAACAAUACCUGAACCCAAAGGACAGGAUCUUGAUUUUGUAAAUGUAGCUCACAGCCACCUAAUUAACUCAGACUGGGCCAAACUAAACUUAUUAUCAUCUGGUCUAACAGGUUUCAGGGUUAAGCAUGUUCUGCUAAAAAUUCAAAGAGACCAUGUACUCUCACUUGAGUUUUUCAAUUGGGUUAAAAGUCAUAAGUCUGACUCGCUUACCCUUGAAACCUAUUCCAUACUUGUCCAUAUUCUCACCAAAAAUCACAAGUUUAAAUCUGCUGAAUCCAUUUUGCGCAAUAUUCUUGCUUCAAAUGUCUUAGAUUUGCCUUCUAAACUAUUUGAAGCAUUACUGUAUUCCUACCGUAUAUGUGAUUCUUCACCUAGGGCUUUUGACUCUCUUUUCAAGACUUUUGCUCAUAUGAAGAAGUGCAGAAAUGCAACUGACACUUUUUGCCGGAUGAAGGAGUAUGGGUUUUUCCCUACUGUUGAGUCAUGCAAUGCAUAUUUAAGCUCUUUGCUUAAAUUGCAUAGAGCAGAUAUAGUUUUGUCCUUCUAUAAUGCAAUGCUUCGUAAUCGCAUUUCACCAAAUGUUUAUACAGUCAAUAUGGUCAUGUGUGCCUAUUGUAAAUUGGGAAAGCUACAGGAGGCUGUUGAAAUGUUAGAGACGAUGGAGAGCAGGGGUUUAAGUCCAAAUAUUGCUUCAUAUAAUGUACUGAUUUCAGGAUACUGUAACAAGGGUCUUCUAGUUUUGGCCAUGAAGAUUAAAUGCUUGAUGGAGAAGAAUGGGGUCCAGCCUGGAGUGGUCACAUUUAACACACUUAUCAAUGGAUUUUGUAAGGAGGGUAAACUACAUGAAGCAAAUAAAAUCUUCACUGAGAUGAAGGCCAAUAAUGUAUCUCCUACUAUUGUAACCUAUAAUACUUUGAUAAAGGGAUAUAGUCAAAUUGGUGACAUUGAGCUGAGCAGUCAACUUUAUGAGGAAAUGUCAAGAAAUCAGGUUAAACCUGAUAUUUUGACUUAUAAUGCUUUGAUUUGGGGAUUAUGCAAGGAAGGUAUGACAAAGAAAGCUGCAUAUCUAGUCAAGGACCUUGAGAAGGAGAACCUGGUCCCAAAUGCUUCUACCUUUUCUGCUCUUAUUACUGGCCAGUGUAUGAAAAAGAACUCUGAGCGUGCCUUUCAACUUUAUAAAAGUAUGAUAAGGAGUAAUUGCCAUCCAAAUGAGCACACUUUCGAAAUGUUGAUAUCUACCUUCUGCGAAAAUGAAGACUUUGAUGGAGCCAUCCAAGUCAUGAGAGACAUGAUGGGGAGAUGCAUGACUCCUGAUUCUAGUAUUUUGUCUGAGCUCUGCUGUGGACUUUGCAAGUGUGGAAAAAAUAAAAUUGCAUCAAUAUUAUGUGAUGACUUGGAAGCUAGGCAUCUGUUGCCCAGAGGAUUUGACAAAGUGAAAAUUAUGAGCACCCCUGUAGAGAAUGACAAACAAUUGAUGCUGCGGUAUCAGGGAAAAAAAGAAUGACAAACAACUUAGCUUGUGAGUUUCUAUGCCCAUAAGCAUGUAUGUUUUAUGAAUCUUAAAGCUGUCCAUUACAUGGAUGUCUGAUUGGAACAACAUCUCUUACGCUGCAUGCUUCAAUGUAAGAAAUGUUCGUUGAAUCAUCUAUGAUCUUAUUAUUCUGGUAACAAUAGGUCCCUUGUUAUUCCUUAGUUGAUAAUUUUUGCUUAUGAUGAAUGGGGAGGCAUGUAUCGUGGCAUAUGCAAGUUACCAUGCAUUUGCUUCAUUUUCCAUUCUUGAAGUAGAGGAGUCAAUAGACCCAAAGAUCACUGUUGAACAUGAUUGCAUUAACUAAUUAUUUUCUCUGAUGUCCAUUGACAGCCAAAGAAGUACCUUGAAAAAAAGGUGGAAAUUGGUUGCAUUUCCUAAUGAGAAUACUCCCUUGCCUAGGACUGAAUACUUGCCGAUCCCAUAAGGUCCCUUCUAGAAACUUUGUAUGCACAUUAUACUGGUAUUUCGGGUUUGGUUUCUGAUUUUAGUACUCAGCAGAUUUAUAGUCGCACAAUAGCUUAUUUGUUUGAUGUUAUCGCAUGCAGGUGUGGACCAAAAUGACACCUUAAAUAUCACUUGACAUUAACAUAGAUGGUUUGGAUGAAUGCACUAUCCUCAACUUAUGAUAUGUAGUAGUUUUUGGAAUCAUGGGACUAGUUUAGUAUUUUAGCUUAGGACAAAAUUAAGUGAACCUUAUGAGUCUGCUAACGAGUUGUCAAAAUAAUGUGCAGAGAAACUUUUUUAAUUCAUUUAAUUAGACAUAUUUGUAUGUGAUAUAUUUAUGAAAUGAAAUUAGCAAACAUAUCUUAGAGUGUUUCUUGUCUUUUAUCUUAUUAUUUGUGAAAUCCCUCCUUUAUGAUUAUUGACGGUUCAUUUACAUUUGAAUUUUGAUUCCAUCACGGGUUUUGCUCAAGGUAAAUUCUAGUUCAAUUGAAAGUGAUUCUCUUUCGGGCCUUCGCACGAGGCAGCGACACUUGAACUAGUUUAACGACAAGCCCAGAUCAUCAGCAGUCACAAAUUGAUUCAUAUUAUACAGUUAGAGAGAUGGAUGGGGAAAAAUGUAAAGAGAAGCAAGUUUCAUAAACGGUCCUGUUAUCAUGUGUCUUUCUCUUCUUGAAUAUAUGCUAAUGUACAACAGCUGAGGAUCUAAUAUUGACUUAUCAGCUCUGCGGCCUCCUCAGCUGCGAUAAACUAGAAGUUGCUGAUCCAGUUGCUAACGAGUGCAGGCAUCUUUAUGCGAUCCUUUGGUGUUUAUAGGUGUUCCUUUGUUUAAUGGGUGCUUAUGGACGGGGUCUUCUAUAUGGAAGUGCUAUAUUAUUUACAGAUAGCCUCAUUGUCUGUAAAUAGACAAAGGAUAUGAACAUAUUCAAAUAAAAUAUUUAAUUUGUAAAA